AUUAAUUAAUCAUAUUAUUCCAUAGAAAAAUUAGGUAUUAGACAUAAGUAACUUUAUUAAUUAGUAUUUGAGAUUUUGGCUAUUUUUGUUUGGGUUUUGAUACAUGAAAAUCAAAUUUUGUUUUGGAUUUAGCCAAAAUGGAGGCCCAAAUUCGUUGGGCUUAUCAAAAUUGCAAAGAGCUCUCUGCAACUCCUUGUCGCGAUGAAGCCACUGCCGUCCUGAUACGCCAUCUAAAAGCAAGCCAUCACGUUCAAGUCUGUACCGGGUGGGAACCCACUGAUGCACGCAGCCAAGCUAGGCCAUGGAGACACCGUCAAGACUAUUCUAUAAGCUGGCGCGCCAUGGACGCCCUAUCUCUUUCCAAUCUCUCCGCCGGCGACUUCGCCAUGGACGCAGGCCACGAAGAAGCCUACGAAAUACCCCUCAAUACCGGGAUUCAAGCUGAAUUGGUACUGGAACGAUUGCGUGGAAAAAGGAAUAAGAAUAGAAACUGGAUAGUGAAGAUGCAAGAAUCGCCAACUAUUUCGAUGUGA